UCUGCGGCCGGGCCGGCGGCGCUGGCUGGCCUUGCUUCCUCACUCUCCGCACAGAGGCUUUCUCAGCGCCAGCCCGCACUACCCAACCCCCCCCCCCCCGUCCCCCACCCCCCCCCCCCCUCCAUCCACCGGCUCCUGGGAACAAAGCUCGGGCGGCAGGGCCCCGGCUGCUACAGCACAGCGGCGACUCUGCAGCUCACGGCUCCCCUGGUUUAAAGCCCGCGUCCUUUACCCCCCCACCCCCAAUCCCUCCCACCCACACCACCACCCCCUCGCCCCCCUCCUCCCAGAGGAGAGGGAGGGAGGGAGAGAGAGAGAGAGAGAAAGAGAGAGAGCGCGGCGGUCGAUGUGUCUGUGUGCGUGCAGAAAGAGAGAUCGCAGCCACAGCUGCCUCCACGCGUCUGGAGCUGAGACUGUUCUGAGGGACUAACAUGCACGUGGCUGAGGAUGUGAUGUUACCCACCUAGGAUCAGUGCAGCAGUCCCACCCCGACCUCUUCCCCCAGGAUGCUGGGAAUCUGCCGAGGGCGCAGGAAGUUCCUCGCAGCCACGCUCACCGUCCUCUUCGUGCCAGCAUUCACCUGGAUUUACCUGUUCUCCGGGUCGCUCAAAGAUGCAAAGCCGGUCCCUCUGACUCCCUACGAAGCCCCUGCGAACAGCCCUCGGUAUGUGUUCAACCAGAGAGAACGGGACUCCCUGGAGGUGCGCAUGCGAGAAGUGGAGGAGGAAAACCAGGCCCUUCGUAAGCAGCUCAGCCUUGCCCAGAACAGAGUCCAUCGCCACAGAAACCAUUCCAAGAGCUAUUCCACAGAGGAAGGCACCGGAGACAACGAGGGGGUACAUGCCGUGGCUUGGAACGGCUCAGAGUGCGGCAGACAUCCCACUGUAGAGAAGUGCGAGACAAUCCACAUUGCAAUUGUGUGCGCGGGAUAUAAUGCAAGCCGUGAUGUUGUGACACUCGUGAAGUCCGUUCUAUUUCACCGGCGAAACCCUUUGCAUUUCCAUUUCAUUACUGAUGCCAUUGCCAAGCAGAUCCUGGGCUAUCUCUUUGAGACGUGGAUGGUGCCAGCAGUGACAGUCAACUUUUAUGAUGCUGAUGAAUUGAAGCCAGAGGUUUCGUGGAUUCCAAACAAGCAUUACUCAGGGAUAUACGGGCUGAUGAAACUGGUCCUCACCAAGACUCUGCCCGCCUCUCUGGAGCGGGUUAUUGUGCUGGACACUGACAUCACCUUCGCCACAGACAUUGCAGAACUUUGGGCUGUGUUGCACAAGUUCAAAGGACAGCAAGUCCUUGGCUUGGUGGAGAAUCAGAGUGAUUGGUACCUUGGGAACUUGUGGAAGAACCACAGGCCUUGGCCAGCAUUGAGUCGAGGGUACAACACAGGUGUUAUCCUGCUACUGUUGGACAAGCUGAGGAAGAUGAAGUGGGAGCAGAUGUGGCGCCUGACUGCAGAGCGGGAGUUGAUGAACAUGUUGUCCACUUCACUGGCUGACCAGGAUAUUUUUAAUGCAGUCAUCAAGCAGAAUCCUUUCCUGGUGUACCAGCUUCCGUGUUUCUGGAAUGUUCAGCUGUCGGAUCACACCCGGUCUGAGCAGUGCUACAAGGAUGUGUCAGAUCUCAAGGUGAUCCACUGGAACUCUCCCAAGAAGCUGCGAGUGAAGAACAAGCACGUGGAGUUUUUCCGGAACCUUUACCUGACGUUCCUGGAAUAUGACGGGAAUCUCCUGCGCCGGGAGUUGUUCGGCUGCCCCAGUGAAAUCGACAAGAACAGUCAGAAUCUUCAGAAGCAGUUAUUGGAGCUGGAUGAGGAUGAUCCCUGCUACGAAUUCCGGAGGGAACGAUUCACUGUCCAUCGCAAUCAUCUCUAUUUCUUGCACUAUGCAUUCGAACCGUCAGCUGACCACACUGAGGUCACGCUGGUGGCCCAGCUCUCCAUGGACAGGCUGCAGAUGUUGGAGGCGAUCUGCAAGCACUGGGAAGGUCCCAUCAGCCUGGCGCUCUACCUGUCCGACGCUGAGGCCCAGCAGUUCCUCCGUUAUGCCCAGGGCUCGGAGGUCCUCAUGAGCAGGAGCAAUGUUGGCUACCACAUUGUCUACAAGGAGGGGCAGUUUUAUCCUGUCAAUCUGCUGCGGAACAUAGCGAUGAAGCACGUCAACACGCCCUACAUGUUUCUGUCUGACAUCGACUUCCUCCCCAUGUAUGGUCUCUAUGAGUACCUCAGGAAGUCCGUUGUCCAGCUUGAUAUGGCUCACACAAAAAAAGCUCUAAUUGUGCCAGCGUUUGAGACACUCCGCUACCGUCUGUCCUUCCCAAAAUCCAAAGCGGAGUUAUUGUCCAUGUUAGACAUGGGAACGCUCUUCACUUUUAGGUAUCAUGUUUGGACGAAGGGUCACGCUCCGACGAACUUCGCCAAAUGGCGGACGGCCACCACCCCCUAUCACGUCGACUGGGAGGCAGACUUUGAGCCUUAUGUUGUAGUAAGGCGCGACUGCCCAGAGUACGACAGGAGGUUUGUCGGGUUUGGCUGGAAUAAAGUAGCACAUGUCAUGGAGCUGGAUGCACAGGAAUAUGAGUUUGUCGUCCUUCCCAACGCGUACAUGAUCCACAUGCCUCAUGCCCCCAGCUUUGACAUCACCAAAUUCCGCUCCAACAAGCAAUAUCGGAUCUGCCUGAAGACCCUGAAGGAGGAGUUCCAGCAGGACAUGUCCCGCCGCUAUGGGUUUGCAGCUCUCAAAUACUUGACUGCCGAGAACAACAGCUGAGACGCCGCCGGGCUGCCCCCGAGCGACCUUCACUUGUAUCACUGCGAGGAGUGAAAUGGGGCUGCUAUGUACAGCGAGACGUGCAAAAAUAGAAACCAAAAUUUUACGUGUGUGCCCGCCAACUGUCAGGCUUUGGGUGGAAAGGUUGUACUUACAAGAGCUUACUUUGAGUCCUCCAAAGGCGCUGUUAGAAUAUUCCUGUUCUUCACUAUUUAAGGCCUCUCCUCUGUCCCACCCCUCUUAUUGCCUUUGCCCUUUCGGUGGGUCACCGAUGUCCAAGCAGCCCCUUUCGGAUACGAGGGUGGGAUGGUCCAGGCCUCUGUACAAGAGCCAUCCCUGCAACGUUGCCCGUUGAUCAGAGGAGUUCCGUCCCUGAGUGCACCCUUCAAGAGCUUACCACUUUAUUCCUGUGGCCUCUAGUGCACGCAUGUGCGUGCGCACACUCACUCUCUCUCUCUCUCUCUCUCUCACACACACACACACACACACACACACACACACACACACACACA